AUGGUUGAAGUUAGAAGUAUUACUCCAGACCCCUCUGAAGUGUCUGUAUUGUGCCGUGAAAAUGAAUUAAAUCUUUUAAAGACAUUGAUUACUGGAGAUGUUGCCACACUGGUCCCUGCUAUGGUGGUGCAUGGGUAUCGAUCUGUUGGUAAAACACAUACGUUGGAAUCAUUUCUUAAAUAUCUGGGUGUUAAAACGACAUACAUUCAAUGUAAUGAAUGUGUCACCAAGAGAGUGUUACUUCAACGGUGCUUGAAAAGAAUCAGAGAAGAUACUGGCGUCCCGAAAUCAUCAUAUAAUGAGAACGUUAGUUAUCGUGGUGGUGAAGUAACAAAUUUUGGAGGCCUCUGUGAAAACUUUGAAAACUUGAUUAUUGCUCUAGAGCAGUUUAUAGAUGAAACUGGCUACCUUGAACCACAUGUUCUUGUGUUGGAUCGGAUAGACCAAUGUAUGGAAAACGCUGAUGAUCUUCUUCCAGCAUUUAGUCGAUUACAUGAACAAUCAAAGGUUACGAAUCUUACAGUUGUGUUUGUCAUGUCAGGAGAUGAUGCUCGAGAAAUUGCUACAGCUAACAUUCCACAUGUUUAUUUCAAACCAUAUACACAGGAUGAACUUCUUGAUAUCCUUUCCACAAAACCUCUUUGUCGUCUUCAAGGAAAUAUCGAUGAGCCAAUUCAAAAUGAAUUUUGGCAGCAAUAUGCCAAAAUUAUAGUUGAUCUCUUCUACACUUAUACAGGCUCUAAUUUGAACUUACUUAUUGACAUUUGUCAUGAAUUAUGGAAUCAUUUUGCUGAGCUAGUAGAAAAUGGUAAAUAUAAACCAACAGAAUUCAUUAAAAUUUAUAGAGAGGUGCGUUCCUUACUUUUAGAUGACAAUGUUUUCAACAAAUCUACUGUAGUAGAUCAUAGUUCACAAUCGUCAUCUUCGUUUGAUUUACCAGUUCAUUCUCAAUAUAUCCUCAUGGCAUGCUAUUUAGCUUCCUUGGUAGAACCAAAGAAUGAUCUUCAUUUAUUUUCUAAAUUGAAAACUCUUCGAGCAAAGGCAAGGAAAUCUAAAAAGCAACUUAGAAAGGAAAACAUUGAUAGUAGACUCCUUACACCAAGUACUUUUGAGUUGGAAAGAAUGUUGAGUAUUUUAACAGUGAUUUAUAGAAAUGAAUCCCCAACUUUGAAUGUUGAACGUAUGGAUAUGGACGAAGGUGAAGUAUGGAACCAUUAUCUUGCUACUUUCACGUUGAAUGCAAAUCUUGAUGUUAAUAGUCAGUUGGCAACUCUCGCUUCAUUAGGUUUGGUUGCAAGAACCUCCCCAGAUGUACUUUCAGCCCAAGCACGUUGGAAAUGUUUAAUGAGUUGGAGCACCGCUGAGGCAGUUGCUAAAGAAUUAAACUUUCCAUUGAGAAGUUACUUGGAUGGUGAACAGUAA